AUGCCGCAGACAAACUCACGUCUCUGUGCGGGAAUCGUCGACUGCUGUCGUGUCCACAGCGAGUUUGACUUACGAUGUAACAACCCAGAGGUGCCCGCCAAUGGCAUGGUAGAGUUCUCUAGCACAACAUUCGAUCCCGGAACAGAAGCAAAGUAUGCGUGCGAAAAAGGAUUUGACCUCCUUGGGAUGGAAGCGCGACUUUGCCAAGCUGAUGGUACCUGGUCAAACAUGUCACCGCUAUGUGCGCUGGAAGUGGGAAAUGGAAAGCCAGCCAUCCAGUCAUCCACCAGCGACGGUAGAGGCGCGGCCUUAGCCAACGACGGCAGAAGAGAGCAGACGUUCAAUAAAGGCUCGUGUUCGACGACCGACUGGCAGAACGCCCCCUGGUGGUCCGUCAAUCUACUAAUGAGCGUAGAAGUCACUGCCAUCCGGAUACUUAACGUAGCCGAGAACUGCUGUGCCCACGGUGCAACCGUGGAUAUAUUUUGUACGAAGCCGAUUCGGGGACAAUACGUGACAAUACAGAUUCUACCAGAGCCGAAAGAAUACCAGAUACUCAACCUAUGUGAAGUAUCUAUUUUCGCGCUCAAUGCGUUGGACAGAAGCAAAUGUCCAGAACCGGGCGAUCUGUUUGCACCGGUCCCCGCGUUAAGGGUGUUCGAGGACAAGUGCUAUCUCUUCAUCAACGACGGCGCGAUGAGAAAGCCUUGGUCGGAGGCCAGGAGGCAGUGCAUGACGUUCAACGGUAAACUGGCCGAAGUGCGAAGCAAAAAACUAGAAGGGUUCCUUGGUUUCCAUUUGGAUGCGAUCACUAAGACUGCCGGGCGGGAUUACUACUGGAUUGGAGCAAAGAGAUAUAACACCACUAGCGACAAAUGGAUCUGGUCUAAUGGCGGUGCUGUGAACAUGACCUUCUGGGGACCAGCGCAGCCGAAUAACUUCCGCGGCAAUCAGCACUGCGUGGGCUUCAACUGGAUCAGCGCUUCCGAGGCGGGCCUGGAGGACUGGACGGAGGGCUGGUACUGGUACGACGUGCAGUGCGAGCGCAACCAUUCCUUCAUUUGUCAGUACGAUCCUGUGUCAUGUAGUGUCCCUCCGAUACCCGCUGGAUCAUUGCUCAUCGUGCCUCCAUCGCUUAAUCAAGUCGGUUUUCAAAUCGGAGAUAAAAUAGAGUACCGCUGUCAGCCCGGUCACGUGAUGAUGGGAGAACCAAUCACCACGUGUUUGAAGACUGGACAGUGGAACGACCUGCGACGCUAUUGUCUAUACGUGAACUGUGCGUUGCCCGCUACGCUACGCAACGGCCAGUUCAUCUUGCUAGACAAUGCGACGCACUACGGUGGACGCGUUGAGCGUAGAUGCAAGCCGAACUACAUGCUGGAGGGGCCAGCCGAAGGCAUGUGUCUCGCAAACGGAACCUGGAGCGGUGCUGACGUAAAGUGCAAACGUAUUCACUGCGGAAAGCCGAUCAUGGUACAAAAUGCUACGCACAAACUGGACAGACGUUCAAGAGAAGACAAAGCUUACUCAGUUGUAUAUACGUGCACCCCUGGCUACUCAAUUUAUGGACCGGCUGAGGUACAUUGCCUUGGUACGGGCAAAUGGAGCGCAGCGCCACCUAUUUGCAUUGGUGAGAAUGAUCUAGCGCCCCCUAGCUUCAGUGGAGUGGAAAGUGAAGCGCCCAAAAAGAAAAACAGCAAAGAUAUUGGAAUCGCAAUUGGAAUAGCGCUCUCUGUUCUACUCUUACUCUCCAUAGUUUCCGUGCUUCUGAUUCUAUAUCGAAAGAAAAUUCUGAAGAUUCCCAAGAUGCACUUACCCUGUCUCAGAGAAUACGUCUACGACGACGUCGCCGUUCCACAGAAACGCGACAGAACUCCCAGCAAAACAAGCAACAACAGCGGCGGAAGCAGCAACGGAAGUCGACGUCCCUCCAUAACUCACUGCGUGCCGCUGGACGCCGGAGGAGAAGUCAAGGUCGCCAAGAACAGCAUCAUCCCUCCUCCUCCUCCUCCGCUUCCCUCGGGAGGCGUAAGCAUAAUGAUGCCGCCUCCGUCCGCGCUAAAAUCAAACGGUACUCCUCCCCCGGCUCUCCCUCCAACCCCCGUUCCUGCUCCGCUAGCUCAUUCCAAGAGGCCAUCGUGCGCUGCUCCUACUGUGCCGUACGCAGUGGGGAACGCCAUGCAGCCUCCUCCGCCUCAGAAGCCGUUGAUGCCACCAGUGAAACCAACUAUCGGGCAGAAACCUGUACCCAGUCCCCCCAACGGCAAAUCGCCCGCAGUGGAGCAGGGAAACCAGCCGCCGGCGAAACUGCCAAAGCCACAGAUGGGCAAGAUAGAUCAGGGUGCGUCGAACACGUUUAAGAAGCAGCUGAGCGCGGCGCUGUACGCUCGCCCGUCGAAACCCAAGGGCAACUCCGUCAUCAAGGGAUGUUCACAGGAAGACGAGGAAAAGGGGCGCGCCAUGCUGCAGCAGGUUCUCGACCGGAAGCGGAACUCCGGCGAGAUCCCGGAGGACGAUGGAGCUUACCAGGAGACCGACGACGCGAAAGCGGAGGACGGACAUCCGACGUACGACGAUCCGGCCGACGACUACCAGGAUCACUACGAUCCGGUUCAUAACGAGGAGGACGCCGAGGAUUUCUACGAGAAUUGGGAUGUUACCGAGCAGCAGAAUCAAAAUGGCGGCGGUCACGAGAACGAGGGCUAUGACGUCAGCAGUAGCACUGACUUGAUAAACGAGGUGGCAGCGAGAGAGGGCAUGGUGGACAACGACCUCUACUCUAGCCGCGAUAAUGUGCAGUAGGUGAAAAUAUAGAUGAAAAAUCGAUAACCGAUGUUGCAAUGUUUUAUUUUAUUUUUUUCGCGGAAAUGUGUUUGUGCAUCAUGCAAUGAAAACCGACCCGCAAUGGCGUGAUUGAAUCUAAUAUAUAUAUAUAUAUAUA